AUGACGACGCAGCGAGCCGUGCGCGGCAGCGACCUGACGCUCCACGUGCUCGGCGAGCACUACGAGGUCGUGCGCCUCGGGCCCGGCGCGGCGAUCCCGGCGGACCUCUUCUCCUCGAACCCGUCGUCGAGCCUCGUGUCCAUCACGCGCACGGCCGACGAGCUGUCGAUCAUCCGGCCGCGCGGCGCGCGGCGCAUCGACGGCGAAAAGCUCGAGGCGGGCUGGCGCGCGCUCAAGGUCCAGGGCCCGCUGCCCUUCCACCUCGUCGGCGUGCUGAGCCACCUGUCCGCGACGCUGGCCGCGGCCGGCGUGUCCAUCUUCGUCAACAGCACCUACGACACGGACUACGUCAUGGUCAAGGACGACAAGCUCCACGCGGCCGUCGACGCUUUGAAGGCCGGCGGCUCGACGGUC